CGAAGCAGCAACACUCAACAAACUGAAAAGAUGCGAAAUUCAUUGAUAAUCUUAUCAAUUUUAAAAAUUAUUGCUGUUUUCGCUAACGAAAACUGUAUUUUUAGCACUGAACCUACGAAUCAGAGUACUUCAUUUUUCUUCGAUGAUACCCUAGUAAAAAACGUGGGACUGCAAAUUGAGUUACUAAACGCGUCGAAUGAGAAUUUACGUUUACGCUUGGAUGCCAUAAAUAUGCGCAUAGAAGCACAAACAGUAUUAUUAGCUGAACUGAAUUCCAAAAUAGAAAGCCAACCAAUUUGGGGUAGGGAAAGAGAUCCUCCUAUAGAUAUACGUUUUGGUGUUGAUUCUACAGAAGACAACAAUAAAAACAGCCACAACAAUAAGUUUAAAAAUAUAACUUGUGCGCCAAAAUUGCCCAGUAGUUGCAGUGAAGCUGCCGCGAUUACAAGGAAAAGUGGACUCUACACCAUCCAAGUAGACAAUUUUGGUCUUAAACCAUUUUUGGUUAAUUGUGACGAAACUGAAAAAGAUGGUGGUUGGCUCUUAAUACAAAGACGUAUAGAUGGUUCCAUUGACUUUGAACGCAAUUGGGCGGCAUUCAAAGAGGGUUUCGGUAAUUUAGAUGGUGAAUUUUUUAUUGGUUUGGAUAAACUCCAUGCAUUGACAACAAAUUCAGCACAAGAGUUACUUAUAGUUAUGGAAGAUUUCGAAAGUGCAAGUAAAUUUGCAAAAUACUCAUCUUUUGCUAUUGGAGAUGAAAGUGAAAAAUAUGCUUUGAAAGUACUUGGUACUUAUUCGGGUGAUGCUGGUGACUCAUUAACACCGCAUGCCUCUUUUAAAUUCACCACAAAGGAUAUGGAUAACGAUAAUUGGGAUGGUAAUUGUGCAGCGCAGUAUACGGGGGCUUGGUGGCAUAAUAAAUGUCACGUAAGCAAUCUUAAUGGUAAAUAUAUGCGUGGUGCUUAUGGUCAGGAGAAAUUUGCUCAAGGGAUAGUCUGGCAUACCUUCCGCGGAUAUAAUUAUGCUCUCAAAACAGUCAAAAUGAUGAUAAGACCACAAAGAAAAUAAAAUUUGAAUGAGAAAAGUGAAUACUCAAAAUAGUUACUAUUAAUUAAUUG